AUGGACCGAAACCAGCCACCAAGUUAGUUUUUGCAUUAGAAAAUAUUUGAAACCUUUUUGUGAAGGGGACCACAAUUGUGUUUUAUUAUCUUGAACUAACUAACAAAGCUAGCCUAAAAUUGAUUGAAAGCAAAAAAUUGGGGAAUGAAUUUUGCGAGAAGUAUAUAGAGACAAAUAAAUUAUGCACUAACUAAGACCUUAAAACUUAACGAAACUUUUCAAAUCCCUUUUUCUCUGAAGCAGAACACUCCGCUCAAUGAAUAUUAUAAUAGAAAAUCUCCGGAACAAUGCUGUGUCAUCAGAUUCGCCUGAAAAUUAUUCUGAAAGUUAGUCGUUCCAUCCUGAAGCUCACAGCUUUCUGAACUUUUUCGUCCUGUGCUUUCAUAGCAAUUUUAGAACUUCUAAAAAGUCUGAGCAUCUUGAAAAUAGUAGUUGCCACGUGGAUUUUCAAGAGCCCAAAAAAAAGUGGCAAUUUUUUUUCCAACUUUGCCACGUCAUAAAUCAACUUGAGAUUAAAUCAUCGUCAGUUUGAAACAUUUUCCUUGUAAGAAAUCGUUCAGUCAUUUUUUUUGUAAAAAUAAGUGUAUCUAAUUUUGAAAAUUUACGUAUCAAUUUUCUAAUUUUCCCCAUAAAAUUUGAGGCGAUAUUUCAUAAUUGCCUCAAAAAUUUAAAGGCCGCCCUAAAAAUGAAUCGAUACCGCUUUGGCUGUAUGAUUGAUAACGUUUUUCAUUCACACAUUUAUAUUUUCUCUAUUUUUUUUCUCACGAAAAAAAACUCUAAACUAAGAAAAAUGGAGGGAUUAAGAGGUUAGUUUAAAUAAAAAAAGAAAUAAACAACUUGAUCAUUAUUACUAUCUUGAGGAUGUUUACUAGUGUUUUAGGUAAUUUUUUUUUGCACAAACUUGAUUUCAAGAAUUCAAAAUUUUUAAAGAUAAUGAAGCUCUAAUCUUAAUCGUAUUUUUCCCUUUUUUUUUAUUUUUCAAUAGCCUUAUUAUCCGCUAGAAAAGCAUAUUGUAGCCUAUAAUUAUUGGUUGUGAGCAGAUUAUCAAACCACGCCCCUUUUUUGGAUACUGUAGUAUGUAUUUCGAAAUAUUUCACGCUUUUUUCGAAAACAUUUUUAAAUUGAUUUAUUUUUUUUAUAUUGUUCAAAGCGAAAUUAUUUGAAUGACUUGUGAGUUGUCGGAAAACUUUUUAGGACAUGAUAAAACAUACUAACUUUCUUCAACAUAACAAUUUUCCAGAUAAUUCAUUUGAUCCAGAUGAGCUCAUGGAAUUGAGCCCUGAAUGGAAUGAAGACAUAAUAAACAACGAGAACGAUCAACUCACUGAACACGACAACAUGGAAAUACAACUCGAAAAUGAUCCACCCAACAAUGAAUCGGACUCGGGUCACGAAGAAGAUGGUGCUGUGAAUCAAGAAGCAAUCAACGCAACCAUGUUAGUUUGAGAGAAUAUACAGUAUCAUAGAGAUACUUUGAAAAUCACCGGAGAGUCUGCUAGUGGAAAAACGGUUAACUUUGUCAUUUCUGAAAUCUCACAAGAGAUUAUUUAAUGAUCGAGUAAGUCGAUGUUCACAUGUUGAUAACCCAAUAACCCAAAAAAAUAUUUUUUCAAAAUUGAUCAGCCCAGUGAUUUCAGAGCAUCUCGUUUUCGCGAAGUCAACAAGAAAAAUCGAAGUUGUGUGAAGAUGAUUGAGAUGAAAGAAGCCGAGUCGCGUUUGAAAAACGAACAACACGAUGUGAUUUUCUUGGAAAUCUAUUUCAAGAUGAGAAUAAUGUUUGAUAAUCUCAAACUUGAGCUAAAUACAAUUGCGAGUUGUUAUAAAUUUGAGAUGGCUAGUGUUUAUGCUCGAACAGCUGCGAAAUGUUGGUUGUUCGCAAAGCGAAUCACCGGUCCAAAUAAUGAGCCGUCGAACCUUCCCCUGGAGCAUUUGAAGGAUUUGAACACCAGAAAUUGUGAGAAGAAAGUCAACCGGUUCAUGAUGGUUCUGGUAAGUUUUUUCCUAUUCUUAUUGAGUGAUUUUCAAAUUUUUAUUUUGUUACAGGAACAAAAUCCGAUUUCGGAAGUAUUAUUGGAUGUGUUGGUGAUCAAUGAACCCAUCUUCGUCGAAAGAUUCAAGAAAGUUCGAAACAGUUAUCAUUCUCGAAAAUAA